AGAAAAGAAUCUCAUCCUGCGCGAGCAAGGCAAGAUGAGUUGCUGGGUUUAGGAACAGCAAAAAAACUGUUAGAGCGACCAAGCACAGGGGAACCGAAAGAGUUCAAGCUGGAUAAGAAAUAUCAGAAGCAGACAGAUAAGGAAGAUGCUCUGGGAGAUGACUUCACCUUUGGCGCCUACCAACCUACUAUAGCCUCAACUCCAGAGGGACGGAAGUCGAGGCAGCAGUCUGUCAGGUUUUCCUCUGAGAACCUCAGUGACCUGAAAACAGAACAGAGAUCAAAGCCUUCCCCUUCAGCAUCUAACAGUCCUGUACGCAGGACUGGAGCUGACUGGCUGGGACUGAAAGAUGAAGAUAGUGACUUGCUACCAUCAUCCCCACUCAAAGAACCUAGCAAAAGCAGUGCAAGAGGAACCACACUGGAUAUGCCACCAUUUCCUUCAGAAGCUAAGCAUCCUCCUCCUCCUACCACCAACCAGGGUCCUUUGACAACCAAACAAGUUACUGAAGAAGUCAUUCAGAAGAAAGAACCAGCUGAGGAUGAUGGUGAUAGCUGGCUGAAUAAUGUAUUGUCUCAAAAAAUAUCUCAAACACGGGAGAAAAUAAGAAAGAGAUCCGGAUCCUUAGAUGUUCAGACCGAUGGGGAUCAUCCCACCAGCCAACAGGUAAUCUCCACUCAAGAACAACAUCGAUCUGCUGCCACAUCAGAUAAAGCUGCCAGACUGGAACAAUUGGAGUCUUUCAUUCCUUGGGAAAGGUCUCAGGAACAAAGUGCCCCUACUUUUCCAUCUGAUUCCAGGAAAGGGACUUCCUUUGGAGAUACAACUUCAAGAGGCUCUGAUCUCGGAACCCCAUCUCCUGAGCUCAUCUAAUGAUGCUGACUAUGAAAAAAGAAUGGCAGGAGUGCAGGUGCAGUUCCGAGAAACCCUGGGAACCUAUCAGGCCGAGAUUUUGAGCGCCCAGACUCGCCUCACUGAGCUUGAGGUUCAGGUAAGGGAACCGUGUGAAGGUGAUUGAGGACUCGUAUCGUCAGCGUGAGGAUCGUCUCCGACAAGAAAAUCAGGAGUUGGUUGGCCAAUACCUUUCUCGCUGUCAGAGCGCAGAACAGGCGAAAUCGGAGAUAUUAGCCCAGCAUCAGCGUCGACUGACUGAGCUAGAGCAGGAAAAGGCCAAGGAAAUUGAUCGCCUACAGGAGCUUCAGCGUAUGUCCAUCCUGGAAAUGCGCAAGGAUCAUGAAGAGCAAUUACAACGGUUGAAACAACUGAAGAGUCAGGAGAUUGAUGCAGUGACCAGUGCCACUUCUUACACCAGGUAGCAGGAGCUCAUUAGCCUAAAGAAUUACAGCAUUGGUACUUACACUCAGUUGUAAGGGGCAUAAAUAGUUGUAUCCGGUAGUCAAUGCA